AUGGAAAAAGAUGAAUUUUAUGAAAAAUAUAAGGAAUAUUAUGGAGAUGAUAUAAAUGAUAUUCCUUUAAUGGUUCCCGGUCGAAAUAUUGAAUUGCAUGAUUUAUAUAUGAGUGUAUUAAAACAUGGUGGGUAUUCGUGUGUAAGCAGGAACGCUAAAUGGUUAAAAAUUGCUAAAGAAUUUAAUUUAAUAAAUAAAGAAAAGAAUAUAAAAAUAAUUGAAACAAAAAGUAUCAAGGAAUAUUAUUUGAACUAUUUAAGAGAAUUUGAAAGAAUUCACGACAAUUUAAAAAAAGGGAAAGUAGUAACAAAACGUUAUAGAAAUUGCAAAAGCAAUAAUAAUAUAGAAGUAAAGGAUAAGAAGAAAAAAAUUACGAUUAAUAAAAAGAAAAAAGAAAAGGAAAAUGAAAAAUUGAAUGGUACUAUGACAAAUGAUUUGAAUGGUAUUGUGGUAAAUAAUUUGAAUGGUACUGUUGCAAAUAAUUUAUAUGGUGCUAUAACAAAUAAUUUGGAUGGUGUUCUGACAAAUAAUUUGAGUGGUACUUUGACAAAUAAUUUGAAUGGUACUGUGGCAAAUAAUUUUAAUGGUACUCUGACAAAUAAUUUGAGUGGUACUUUGACAAAUAAUUUUAAUGGUACUGUGGUAAAUAAUUUAUAUGGUUCUUUUCCUAACAAUGUAGGAAAUAAUUUUACAAAUAACGUAAGUGUUGGUUUACCUAGCAAUAUGAUAAAAACACAGGAAUUAAUAAAUAACAACCCUUGUCAAAAUAAUUUUUAUAAUAAUGUGAAUGAUGAUACUUAUGGGAGGAACAUAUUAGCUCUGAAUAUGGAUACUAUGCAUAAUAUGAAUAAUGUGAAUAAUAUGAAUAAUAUGAAUAAUAUGAAUAUCUGUAGAAAUGAAAAUAAUAACGAGAUACCAAUAAAUAAUGAUUAUAAUAUAUAUAAUAAUAUAUAUAAUAAUAUACAUAAUAAUGGAUAUAAUAGUAUACAAAACAAUAUACAUAAUAAUAUAUAUAAUAAUAUACCUAAUAAUAUACAUAAUUAUAUAAACAAUAAUGUACAGAACAAUAUAUAUAAUAAUAAUAAUAAUUAUUUUUAUCUUACUAAUAUGGUAUAUAAUGGGAAGACGGUUGUACAUAAUAAUACUAUGAAUGAUAAUAUUAUUCCUUAUAAUGUUAACAUGCCCUAUAUGAAUAAUCUUCCUUAUAUGACUAAUCCUGAUGUUUAUACAUAUAAGGAAUAUAUAAAUAAUAAUAAUAUAUAUAUAAAUAAGGGAUGGGAAAAUAAUAAUAUCUAUGUUAAUAAAACAUAUAUGAAUAAUAAUAACAAUAGUAGUAGUAGCAGUAUUGUAUGUAGUAGUAUUUUUAGUAGUAGGUAUAAUGUAAGGUAUGGCGAAUAUUGUCCUUAUUUAUAUAAUAACAAAAUAAACACUCUUGAUCCUCCUACUUUUGAUAGAAUGAAUAUUAACAAUAGUUUAGAUAAUGACAUGUCAAGAUACUUUAAGCAAACAAAUAUGGGAAUAAUGAACUAUGGGAAUGUAAAUGGAAAUAUGUUAUAUGAUAAUACUUAUAUGAAUUAUUAUAAUAAUAUGUAUAUGGGAUAUAAUAAUUAUUAUAAUACAUAUGCAGUGUAUAAUAAUAAUUAUAAUAAUAAUAAUAAUAACUAUAUGGGAUAUAAUAAUAAUAUGGUGAGAGAUAAUUUAAAGACAAAUAAGAUGAAUGAUUAUAAAAAGGUUAUAAGAAAACUUAAUGAAAAUAAAUGUAUAGAUAUAUAUAGGAUACUAUUAUCUAUUCAUAGAAGAAAAGAAAAAGUUGCUGAUUUUAUUUUUUGUUUAAAUUUAUUUUAUUCUAUAUCAAUGAUGAAAGAUAUAAUAUCACUAAAGCAAAUAAACAUAAUCAUAUGUUUACUUAUAGUUACGUUAGAAGAUAUAUUAAAAAUUUUUUAUCAUAAUUUUAAUUUUAAAAAGAGAUCACUUAAUAUUAUGAUUGAAGCAUUCUCGGAAUAUUUAUUAGAUGGUGAGGAAGUACAAAUAUUGGAAUUUUUCCAGAAAUUAAAUAAUGAAAAUGUUGUUAGAGAUAAGGAUAAUUAUAUAUUGUCUAGAUUUAACGAAAUGGUUGAUGAAAGGAUUCAUGAUGUGCUUAAUCAAAAAAAAUGGAAAAACAUCUACGAUCAGGAAAUGGUAAAAGAUUUCAUUAUUGAUAAUGAAAAUGGUAAAAAUAGUGUAGAUGUAAUGAAAAGUUUAUCCCAUGAAGAAAUAAAUAUUAUGGAUAUUUUUAGGUUGUAUUCAUUUUAUGAUUACUAUCGUAAAUAUAAGAAAAGAAGAGUAAAAAAGAUAAAAAAUAAGCAUACGAAUAGUUGUGAAAAGGAAAACAAUACUAUGAUAAGCAACCAAAAUAAGAAUAUACAUAUGUUGAAUGAAGAUAAUAAUAAGGGGGAUAUUUAUGUAGAUAAAAAAGAAACUAAUAAUAUGGAUAAUAAUAAUAAUAAUAAUAAUAAUAAUAACAUACCUUUUAACACUUGUGAAUGUAAUUCUAAUGGAUAUAGUAGUUUAAACAGUUCUGAUAUAGAUCAUUUAUUUGGUAAGAAAAAAAAGAAAAGGUGUAGUUUUAAUAUAUAUAAAGAUAAAAAAGAGAAAAAAGAAUAUUUAGCACAGAAAAGUUGUUUUGAAUUUGUAUAUCUUAUUUUAUACAUUUUGAAUAACUUAUUUUUAAUUGAUGAAUAUAAUUUAUAUUUUUCAAAUAUAAAAAUAUAUUAUAAAAAGGAUAAACAUCAAAAGAUGAAGAAUAUAAACAAUAAUAAGUCAAGUUUUAAUAUUGUAAAGAAUGAUAAUGUUAUAAAAAAUCAAGAAAAAUUUCAAAGGAAUAAUAAUGAGAAGAAAAAUGAUAAUAUAAAUGAUAAUAUAAAUGAUAAUAUAAAUGAUAAUGUAAAUUAUAAUAUAAAUGAUAAUAUAAAUGAUAGUAUAAAUGAUAAUGUAAAUGAUAAUACUUUGAUGUGGAAGAAUAGUAAAUUAUAUAACCAUAAUGAAAAAACUGAUAAUGAUUAUUAUAAUGGGGGUGAUAAUAUAAAGAGAUCUAAUUAUAGCUUUAAUAAUUGUAUAGAUAGAUAUAGUAAUAAUGAUAUAUACUUAUUAAAAAGAGAUUAUGAAAAGAAUAAUAUUAUUGCAGAUGAUGAUAUUGCUUGUAUUUACAUUUCAGAUAAUUUCUUAUCAUCUUCCUCAUGUUCUUCUUCAUCUAUUAAUAGCAUGUACAGUUAUAGAAAGGUAAAAGCAAGUAAUAAAAAAAUUAAUAGAGGAAUUACCAGGUCUUAUGCAAAAAUAUUAAAUGACAGAAAAAUAAAGAGUGUAGGAAAUAUAGAAUGUGCAUUAGAUGUACCAAAUGAUGACCAAGAAAAUAAUAAUUUUUUGUCCAAGGAAGGAAGAAUAUCAAAUGUAAGGAAGGUUACUAAAAAUGAAGAAAACUAUAGUAUGAAACAUUUUAAUAUUCUUCAGAAGAAGAGGGGAUACAUGAAUAUAUGGUCUGAACAAAAUUAUAAUAUUAUGGGGAAUAAUAAGAAACAAAAACAUAUGAUGAUCACUGAUAAUUUUUAUUCAAAUUAUGAUUCAUCUGAUUUUGUUGAUUGGUUUAAGAGUGGUACAGUUAUAAAAGAUGACAUUUCAGCGAUUGGUGAUACCCAAAUGGAUGUGCAUAAACUUAAUUAUAUUCCUAUGAAUAAUAAAAUAAAUAAUAUUAAUAAUAAAAAUAAUAAUACAUAUGAGGGUGUUCCAUCUUAUUAUUUAGAAUGUAAAUUGGAUAAAUUAUAUGGGAAAGAUUGGAAAAAGAGUGGUAAAAAAUAUUAUACUUUUUCAUUAUUGGAAUAUGAUAAAAUAAGUAAUGGUUCACCUGAUAUAUAUAUUGAUGAUCAUAAAAAGCAAAAAAAUGAUAAGGGUGAUAAUAAUGAUUUUACAGCUUGUCGUAGGAAUUUUACGGAUCCAUUAAUUAAUGGGAAUGGUGAUAAUAUAAACAUAAAUGGCUGUAAUAAUAACAUAACUGAACUUUAUACAUGUGAUAAUAUUAAAAAGAAACAAAAUAUUAAUAAUAAUAUGGAUAAUACAUUUGGAAAUGACGCAAAUGAAAAUGUGUACAGUUCAUUUUUUGAUACGAACAAUUUGAAUACGCCAAAUAAUGACACUAUGAAUUAUGAUAAUAUUGGUUAUAACUAUAUCGAUACUAAUUAUAACACACCACAUGUUUGUAAUAAUAAUACUGUGUGGAAUCAGAAUGGAGAUUAUUCUGAAUUUUGUACACUUGAAAAGCACUUAAAUAAUACAAAUUUGAGAUGUGACAUGAAUGAUAUGAACUAUAUGGAAUAUGUGAAUGACAUGGAUUACAUGAAUAAUAUGAAUAAUAUGAAUAAUAUGGUCAAUAUGAACAAUAUGAAUAAUAUGGUCAAUAUGGUCAAUAUGAAUAAUAUGGUCAAUAUGAACAAUAUGUAUAACAUGAAUAAUAUGGUCAAUAUAAACAAUAUGAACAACAUGAACAAUAUGAACAAUAUGUAUGACAUGAAUAACAAUUUGUAUGGCCUUAAUAAUUAUUAUGAUGAUAUGAAUUAUUAUAAUAUGCCAAUGAACAGUUAUAACGAAUGUUACAAGAAUGACGAGUUUUUUCCUAUAUGUCAUAAUAAUUAUUACUAUAACAAUAUGGAUAAUAUAAAUUAUAAGACAAAUGAUCAAAUAUUAAAUGAUGAAAUUAUAUUAAAUAAUAAUUAUAACAGUGGCCAUAAUUUGUUUUGUUAUAAUUAUUGUGAUGGAAUAUCAAACAAAGAGUCUAGUAUUCAAUGGGACUAUAAAAAUAAUAUUAUGAGAAAUAGGCAAGAAGAAAAUUAUUUUCCUAAUGAAAAUAUUUCAAAAGAUAAUAAUAAAAACUGUGAAACAAAUAACAAAGAAGAGGUUAGAAAAUUUUACAGAGAUCUUAAAAAUGAAAUGUAUGAAGAUAUGAAAAAGAUUUUCCAUCGAAAUAAAAUAAAAAAAAAUCAAUACAAAUUAAUGCAUUAUUUAGAUUUAAGUAAAUUCAUAAGUAUAUUUGAAAUAAUACUAUUAAAAAAUUUGGAAAAUAUUUUAUAUUAUGAAAAAGUGGUUGAAAAUAUUUAUAUGAAUAUGUUCAUAUGUAUUGAUAUAUUAAAUAAUGAGUUUGAUAAAAAUAUUUCUCUCAAGUAUGUGUUCUUCCCUUUAUGCCUUUUUGGAUAUGAAAAGAAGCUGAAGGUCGUUGUACAUAUGAAUGAGAAAAAUAAGGUCAUCAUAAAAUCCAAAUAUUUAAAUGGAGAGAAGACUAACUUGGAUAAUUCAAAGAUUAAAAAUCAAGAGAGAGAUAAAAAAAUAAAUGAUGGUAAAAAUGAAUAUUUAAUUGGUAUGGAAGAAAAAUAUACUGAACAUGAUAAAGAGACUAAUAAUUUAUGUACGAGUACUAACAAAACAAUGGAUUUCUUAUUAGAAGACAAUGUUUUUAAAGUGGAUGAUAAUAACGAUAAAUAUCAUAAUAAUACAGAGACAUCUAUGAAAGAUAAAAAUAAGGGUAAUAAAUUAUUUACUAGAAAAAAAUAUGAUUAUACAAUAAAUGAACAAAAUAAUAUAUUUUUUAAUUGCCCAAAGGAUAAAGAAUUAAAUAGAAAAAAGAUGUCCCAAAAAAAAAUAAAUGGAAAUGAAUAUAAAGAUAUGAUGAAAAUUUUGUUUUUAAAUAUUUUCAAAAGGAAUAAUGAUAAAUAUAAUAUAUAUAAAAGGAUUGAUUAUAGAUAUUUAAAGAAAAAUUAUCAUUAUAAUAUGAAUGUUGGUCAUAUGUUUUGUAAAGAAAAAUAUAAAUAUAAAAAAAGCAUAAUAUUAUAUUUACAUGAAAUAACCAAAAAAACAUUAUUGAAAGUAUAUAAACGUGUUAAUAUAUGUUUAAAUAUAGCUACAUUAUCUUUAAAUAUAUUAACACAUAUUUUAUAUUUAAUACCUAAGAGAAUGUUUGUGGCAUCCUUUAUACCAUCUAUAUUAAAUAAAAUAAUAAAUGUAAAAUGUCUAUAUUCCUAUUUAAAUGUACCAUUAUGUAUAUUAAAUUAUAAUGGUUUUCUUUUUUUAGAAACUAUGAUGAAAUUUAUUAUCCAAAUGGUUGUAAAUAAUACAAUUCCUUUGCACUCGUAUAUGUUUUCAUAUUUGCGUUUAUGUACUGUACCGUUAUAUAUAUAUUUAUAUUUUGACAUUCCUUUAUCUCACACUUUAAUUUUAACAUCUUUAUCUUCCCUAUAUCAUUUAAUAACUUAUGAUCCUCACUUUUUAGCAACAGGAUUAUUAAGGAAAAGGAAAUAUACACAAAAUUUGUUUAGGUAUAAUAAAAUGGCAUAUGAAAGGAUUUAUGGAGAGGAUAAUAAAAAUGAAUAUCAAAGGGAUAAUAAAAAUGAUGAAAAAAAAGAUGAUCAAAGGGAUAAUAAAAAUGAUGAAAAAAAAGAUAAUCUAACGGAUGAACAAGAAAAUAAUAAAAAAGGCAAUGUUUAUAAUAUUCCAUAUUUUAUGAAUUGUAGAAGAAAGGGUACAAAGAAGAAUAAUCCAAUAAAUAAAUUAAGUGAGGAAAGAAAAGAACUUUUAGAUAAUACAUUUUUAAUGACUAUUAUAUUAUUUUUAAAAAAAUCUAUAUAUUUUAAAAGCAUAUUUAAUUGUGCUAAUAUAAAUGAGAAAGAAGAAAUAAUAGUAGACAGUAAAAAAGUAAAGAUGAUAUUAAAAAAAUGGAACUUGUCAAAUCUAAAGGAAGAGAAUGAAAAAGAUAAAUCAGAACAUGAAAAUGAUUAUAAGAAAUUAAUAAAUGAAAAGGAUCAAUUAUAUUUUUCUAAUAUAGAAAAUAAAGUUUUUUAUUUACAUGAUAAUUUACUUUUAUAUGCUUUAGAUAAUUUAACAGUAUCAAAUAAUGCUAAGGAUAGGAAAAUGUGUGAAAAUAUAAAAAAACAAUAUAUUAAUAAAAAUGUUUCACCAAAUGAUCUUUUAUGUGAUCUUUUUAAUUCUGGAAGUACGAAAAUUCAAAAAUUGAGUAUAUAUUGUCAUUCAAUAGUUUCUAUGCUUUUAUAUCUGUCUUCUCAUCCAAUAUUAUGGGAUUGUAUAUCAUCUCACAUACCCCUAAUAACACAGAUGGCAUUUAUUCCGACAGACAUUAGAUCUUCCUUGUGGAUAAUUUUAAAAGAGUAUCAUUUCAGAAGCUUAUCUAGAAAAACAAACAAUGGAAACAAAAAAGUCAACUGUUAUUUUAAUUCAAAGUUGGUAAAGGUUGAAAAGAUUAAAUGA